AUGGAGCAGGACCCAGACUCUGGCCCUCCAGACCCGAGCUCCCACCAUCCACAUCCCAUCACCACCGCUCCCGCACCGACCGGCCCGCUACCCUUCGACUCUUCCGCCGCCGCAGAAGACCGUUCGCAUCCUGACACGCGCCUCCUUCAUCCUGAGCCUGCCACUAUCUAUCAACACUCACACGCUGCCGUCGACCCCCACGAUCAGUUUCUCCCCGCCGUCCUCGCAGCCUUUGCUUCUCCCUCCGCUUCGCACCCAUCGGCGGCGGCAUCACCUCUUGCUCACGAUGCUCUUCCCGUUACUCCUAUAGAGCCCGACGACUUCUACAAAUCCUACCAGCCGGCUGUGGGCGCCGUUGUGUCCACCCCGGCCGUCUCUCCAGCCGACGCAACCGCCGCCGCCUCACCGUCCAGCUCGCCGGCCAUGACAUCCAUGCUCACGCAGCAGCCGAUCCUCCCCAACGGCAAUAAUGCCACAAGCAGCACGAGCCACGUCGAAGGGCUUUCUUCACAGCCACCCCGUGGCCUGGGCCUGCAGUCAGGCACACGAUCUGUCUCGAGCCCGGCUGUGAGACCCAAGAGUGGUCCCAGCGUCAAAGAUCUAAAGAAGAGGUUUGAUGAAAAGGGUGGUGCUGCCUCACCAGCACCUAUCAUACCUCAGUCAACGCCCAGACCGCGUCGUGGCCUCACCGAAUCCUCUGUUGCCACUCGCAACGGCCUUGUGGUAUCCAAGGCACGCAAACCGCCCACCCCGAACGGGUCCGCAGGCGCAUCUCCUCAGAUGGCUUCGACACGGUCCUUUAGUAGCAACCAAUCGUUCGCCAGUCGAAUUCACAAUUCAGCAAACACCACGCCCCCAUCUUCUCUGCCUCUGCUGUCCCGAAGACCGCACGCACAACAACGACCCGGCCAGGCUUCGGGGCUUCUUUUUGGCGAGGUCGCCCCCGAGCAACACGGCUCUGUUACGCCUGGAUUCGGCAUCGACGACAUUCGCCCCCGAAGGAUCUCAGACUCCAGCGUUCACACAAAGACGACGUUUCACAGCAUACCAGGUCAAGAUCAGGAUGUAGAUUUAGCGUCACUCCCGAGUUCGUACGCCAGCGCUGCGACACACCACGGCCCAUUCAGCGAUUCACCAGCUAGCGGCAAUCAAAGUCCACGCACACGGUCACAAAGCGACGCCUCAUCGCGCAGUUCCUCCAAUCGAACCCCAAUUGCAUUCCGAACAGGCCUAGGCAACAUUUCAACUUCUCAUUCCGCCUCCAGAUUGCCCGUCGCUGUACGCAGACUUCAUAGCCCAACGAGCAGCUCGGGCGACAACACACCUUCACGAGGAACGUCACCUGCAAAUCUUCGCCGACCACCGUCAGCCGGCGGCCAGAUCUCCAAAAUCACACCUCCACCUUCUCGAGCCAAAACGCCGACCUCGUUCAAUAAAACGCCUACCCCAGCUGCGAGGGACCGAAGGCCUCCACCGCCAAGCCUCAAUAAUUCUGUGAACGGAAGCAGCAGAAAAUUACGGCCUCAGUCGAUCACGCCACCGAAGCUUUCACCUACCCUGCGAAGUACAAGGCCUCGUCAACCGCUAGCGCAUUCAUCCAAUAAGUCCAACGAUUCCGGGGCAACCAAGGCACUCCGCCCCAAGGGCAAGGAACCAGCAACGAGGCGAAGGAAAAUAUCCGCUGGCCCUAUUGACUUCGAACAGAGGCGAGAACACAUCCGUUUGGCAUAUAAUAAAUCCAUUCGUGAAACUGAAGCCCUAGAGGCCAGGAAGAGGGCUGCGAGUCUAGCCAGGAGGAGCGAACAGAAGGCCGCGGCUGUUGCCACGAAACCGGCUAACGAGAGCGCUGGUAUUCCUCCCGUCCCGCAAAUACCUCGCGAUGCUAUUGAUCGGAGCGCUGCUAGUAGUGUCGGCGAAUCUGCUCCCGUGCAAGUUGCAACAACCGAGUUGACAACAGCACCGGUACCAUUAACAAUUUCCCCGUCACUGGCCAACUCAACUUCUGUUGGCGUCGAAGACUCCCCUACGCUCGGUGUUCCGGGCAGUUACCCGCAGUCUAGUCCUUCUCUGCCGCAGAUCAAUAAGCGAGCCUCAAUAGCAUCUUCUACGUCUCAAGCCACCGAAUUCGACGCGGAGCCACAGACCGCGCCGCCAGUUCCUGCUAAACACCUACCGGAAGUUCCCGUCAAUUUCAUAACACCGCCCAGUCCUAGACCAGCUACGCCGGCCGCGGCACCCGCCACGACCGAGUACCCAUAUCCGCUUUCACAAGAUCGAGAUGUGCAGCAGCUUGCGCAAGGCCAUGCACACUUCAUGCCUCACGCUGGCAGCAUAGAUCUGCCGUCUACAUCAACGCCACUCCAAGACCACACUCCGGCCUCGAUGACGGCGUUGCAAUCGCCAUUGCAACAGCUGAGCUCAACUGGCCUGUUCCCUAGGCAAGAGCUCUGUGAGGAUUCCGACUGUCAGUCUGAGAUAGAGGCCAGUCCUAAUGUACCGCAUGCUGGAUACCCCCGAUCGGAGGCCGCAACGACAGAUGCAUGCACCGAAGACACCGACGACCACGAUCGAUAUGAGCGUGCAUCCGACUUCCGAUACGGCGAGCAGCUGGACUCCAAAAGAGCAUCAACAUGCGCCUCCUCUGAUGUCAGCGGAUUUGAUGAUCUACAGCAGUAUGCAUCAGAUCGUGGGUCAUACCACAUGCCCGGCACUCUUGGUAUACCAUCUCCUAGAUUCCGCUCUGACCGUGCGAGUCAUCAAUCCACAUGGACAGAUUUUUCUGUCGAAAGCUCACGGCAGCUCGACACCGCUGGGUCGGGGAUGUUUAUGAGUAGCCCUAUAUCCACCCAUCAGCCUGCUUCUUUCUCGUCUGCCACCAGUCCGCGUCAAGAUUCGUUCCUGGAAAGCUCAACUUCGCGAUCUGAGAAGGAACUACCCCCAACACCGGUCAACCAUCAGCUCCCUGAACUUGACACGGGUGACGGAUUUUCAAUACCUUACCUGUCACCUGGCUCUAGUCAUGGCCCAUCAUUCCUUCCUUCACCGCCAGCACACGAACCGCCACCCAUCCCAAAUUCUACAGCCGGGUCUGCACUUCAUUCCCGUAAUCCUAGUACGAUAUACGAGGCCUCUCAAUCUACCAGCACGCUGCUCAACUCCGAACGAGAUAGCGAAGUUUACAUGACCCACGCCAACACACCCAAAUCGGUGGAUACAACUUCCUUCGAAACAGCCGACAACGACUCUAGCAAAGUCGCUGGGACUGAUAGUGACGGAAAGUCUCUUCACCAAGAUGGAGAAGCGCCUUCGGAGAAGGAACGGCAUCGCCUCAUGCAACGACGCAAUGUCAUCAAGGAACUUGUCGACACUGAAGCCGUAUUUGUCCGGGACAUGAACAUUGUCGAAGAAAUUUACAAGGGAACUGCCGAAGCCUGCCCACGCUUAGACGAUCAAACUGUGAAACUCAUUUUUCGCAACAGCCACGAGAUCAUCGAAUUCCAUACCUUAUUCUUGGCGGAAGUGAAGGCUGCAGUUUCGCCGGUCUAUGUCCCCAAAGGCGGCCGAACUGCAAAAGCCCCGCAGCUACCAGCGAGCGUCGAGCCAGGAAGCACCAAGUCGAGCGAUAUCAGCGACUCGAGUGAUCGCGAAACCUCCAUUGGCCCUGUCUUCAAGCGCCACCUGGACCGCAUGAAGACUAUCCACGAAGGGUUUCUACGGAACAGUGAUCAGGCGGCGAAGAAGCUGAUCCACAUACAACAAGACUCCGCCGUCAAGGUCUGGCUGACAGAGUGUAACGAAGUUGCAAAAGACUUAACGGCUGCGUGGGAUCUUGACUCGCUUCUCAUCAAGCCAAUGCAGAGAAUUACAAAGUACCCCAACCUGAUAAUGACUCUGCUCCAGCAUACCCCAGUGGAUCACCCAGAUCGAGACCAUCUGUCUGCGGCAAAGGACUCGCUCGAAACCGCCAUCAUCGAAAUCAACAAGACAAAGAAGAACUUUGAGUUGGUGGGCCAGAUUGUUGGCAGAAAACAUAAAGAUACGGAUGGCAAGGUUGGAUUUGCUCGUGCUUUCGGCAAACGUGUCGAUAAGCUACAGUCUGCCGGCAGCCGUGUUCCCGAUGACCCGACUUACGUGAAACUGCACGAAAAGUUUGGUGACGACUUUGUCCAACUGCAGGUUGUUCUUCGUGACGUUGAGUUUUAUACAAGACAAAUAUCCCAAUACGUGCACGAAUUCCUGCAGUAUCUCUCAUCAAUUGAGUUGGUCAUGAGACUACAACCGGGAAACUUCCCUGAGAUUGAGAGUAAAUGGGUUCAGUUCAACAUCUCAAUGCGGGACUUGGAAAAGGUGGCAUUGGAGGAGCAUCUUGCGCAAGUUCGAAAGCAGGUGAUUGAACCUUUUGAGCAAGUCAUCAAGGCUUACGGCAAUCCUUCACUGGCGAUGAAGAAGAGACAAAAACGCCGGCUCGAUUACGAGCGAGCUGAUCAGCAACGACGCAGCGGCAAGACGCUAGAGCCAAAGUUGCGGGAGGUCGUUGAGCAGUACGACGCGCUGAAUGAUGCUUUGAAGUCUGAGCUGCCCAAGCUCUCUGUCAUGACUGAGAAGGUUGGGAAGAUCUGCCUUGGCAACUUUGUCAACAUCCAAGCCAACUGGUACAGGAUGUGGACAGAGAAGCUGAGGACAGUUCUUAGUGACGGCCCAGAGGUCCCGACUGUUGAUGAUAUUAUGACGACUUUCAACCGCGACUUCCCUUACGCCGCCGACCAGCUGGCUUCCAUUGGAAUCUUGAAUCCUGACUUACAAGCGCGAUCGUCACAGUCCACGGAGUAUCGCAACCGAUACUCUGAGAUUGAACGCCGCGGACGCGGUUCUUCGGUCAAUGAUGAGAGUGUCCCAACCUUGCCGACUCCAGACUUUGGGAAGCGCAGCAGUGGGGGAAUUACCAUGUCACCCAGUGCAGGUAGUUCUAGUAGCAACGUGGCUGCCGUUGCCAACCCGCAUCAAUACUAUUAUCGAGAUUACUACGCCGGUAUUAUGGGAUACAGCGCUAAUUCGGCAUCUCCCAAGUCUGUCGACAUGGCUGGAAGCUCGCGCUCCAAUACGGGCACCGGCCACACCUCUACGCGUCCAAGUACCGGUAAGAGCCUCGAGGCCGGCGCUUUACAACGGCAAAGCUCAGAUGCGGCCUCUGCUCAUCGACCAGAAUCAACAGCGACAUACAUGUCUGGGCAUACACAGCAAGAAAGUGUUAGAUUUUCCAACCUAUUCCACUCUGCUCUUCCUAUGGCGGACGGUACAGAGGAGAGCCAGAGAUCAUCUCGCGCAUCAUCUCGCGAGAGGGGCCGAGGGUCAGACGGCUACAACGUUUUAUGGCUUGCUGCUUCUCUGUUUGAGUUUAAUAUCGAAACAACCAAGCACGAAGCUGGUUAUCCGUACCUAACAUACCAAGCGGGCGAGAUUUUUGAUAUCAUCGCAGAGAAGGGAGAGCUAUGGCUGGCCAAGAACCAAGACGAUCCUACAGAGAUGGUUGGUUGGAUCUGGUCGAAGCACUUUGCCAAGCUAGCCGAUUCAUAA